AUGCUUACAAAGCAUCCAUCCAAAAUUGAUGAAAAACAUUCAAUUGCAGAAUUAAAUAUCUUAGAAGUUCCUAGCAUUUUCGAUGUACAUAAUUUCAAAUAUCAGCUCAAUUCUUGGUAUUAUUGUGAUGCAUCAUUCAGCCAAUCAAUUGAUCAAGCAAUGGAUAAACAUGUACGACAAGUCACACUUCGAACUGUGUUUCUUGAAGAUUCUAUAACGGUUAACUUUGAAACAUUUUCAUUUAUCAAUGAAACUUCGACUGUUGAGGGAUUUAUUCGAUGGCUACCGAAAUUUGUCACAGUCGAUCCUAAAACAAAACGCAUAACUUCCAUCAAUAAUUUUCAAGCCAUAACAUUAAAAAUGUAUCCUGUAGUACUAACAACUAGCAUUUUGAAAGAGGCAUCCGAUGCAUAUCAAUCCCGACAAACUACUGUUGCUUUUGAGGAUGAUACACACAUUGAAUCAGCAGAUGAUCACGAGCAAGGAAUACAAGCUGACUUUAUUGAUGAUGAAAAUAAUGAAAAUGAGAACGUCAAUUCAAUUUAUCGACCAUCAUUAACAGCUGGCCAAAUGAAGAAAGAUGAAAAAGAUGAUGAUGAAGAAAACGAUAUAAAUGAGAUAAUGGAUGAUGUACGUCCAAGUACAGCUGGUACCAAUCGACAAUUGGCGGAAAAUGAAGUUACUGACAAGCACCAUGAGCUUGAUGUGAUGAAGGCUGAAAUCAAACAACACCAAAAACAGCUUGAAGAACUACAGUCCAAACUCAAUGCAAAAAAAUCGCUAACAAGUAACGAAGAGAAGAACAUUAAUUUGAUACAAACAAUUUUAGGAGUUGAGGGCGAACCUUCUCAAGAACUCUUAACUAGUCGAAAGGAAUGUGCCAAAUUUCAAGAACAAUUAGAGCUACGACAAAUCGAACUUGACAAUCUUCGAAUGAAACAAAACAAUUUUGAACAAGAAUUGAAGAAUGCACGGAUCAAACUGAAUAAUAUUAAUCAUUUGGAAAAUCUUAAGAAACAAGCUCUCAUUGAUUUAGUCUCAAUCGAAUACAACUUUGUUGUAAAAGAUUAUACACCUAUCCAACAAAAGGUCGUCUCAGAUUAUCUCAAAUCACUUAAAUAUCCAGAUAAAAAUGAACUAAAAGAUAAUCUUAUAACUAUUGAUGAUCUUAGUAAUCAAUGUAAGGAUGGUCAUUAUUUAUGGCGUCUUAAAGCUUAUCCAAUGCAUCACGACGAGAUGGAGAAUAUUCAAAAACGAUUAGAAAAACUAAUAUAUACAACUCAAUCGCAACAAGAGUAUCACAAUCGCGUUUCAAAGAGACUUGUACGAAAUUUUCUCGACAAAUGUAUUAAACCGGUUGAGUAUCAUAGCGUAAGACCAAUCAGUACAAGAGAUAAUUGGAAAAUAUUUUCUGAUUAUCUUAUUAAAUUAAUUAAUGAUGAACGUGAAAAACUAAGCCAAAUUUUUAUUGAACGUAUUCAUAAAAAAUGUAAAUCACUGGUUGAUUUAUCUAUAAAAAAUGUCCAUAACUGGCAACGACAAUUAUAUGAUGAUACAAAUGAUUUUAUUAAACAAUAUUCAGUACUGAACUCAAUUGAGCAGAUGAAGCAAAAGACCUUUCAACAUUUUGUAGAAGAUGCUAAGAUGAAAUCAAAUCAGUCUGUUGGACCAGUGAAAAUCGAAAGAAAAUCAGUCGAUGUUCGUGAUCGGCAUUUAUUGAAACUUCAACAACAGUUCGAAUCACAGUCUCAAUAUGCAGGUCAUGAAUUUAAACAUUUUAAUUUGAUUCCAUCUUUACUUGAACGUGUGCAUAUCUAUUGUCGGUGUUUUCAACUAAGUUUGCCCUUGUUUGAUUCAUCUUUUAAUCUGCUCGAUAACAUUGAACGAAACACUGUUGUAGCCAUAUCAACUGGAACAGGUUCAGGAAAAUCGACACUUAUGCCUGCAUUACUUGCCGCUGAUAACUAUGAUAAGAUCUUCGUAACACAACCACGUCGUUUACCUUGCAAUUUACUAUCGUCACGUGUCAAUUCUUGCAUCACAUCAAUCAGUGGAUGGGCUGUAUCAGGUUCACGAUCAACUAGUGCAACUCAUAGUCCUAUACUCUAUCUUACAGAUGGAUUACUCAAAGAAUAUCUAUUAUACCGAGAAAAUGAUAUACUCCGUCAAGCUAACAGAGCCCACCGAGGGAUUAUAUUUUUUGUAGAUGAAGUGCACGAGCGUUCAAUCAAUAUUGAUCUAUGUUUGGCACUUCUUGCUCGACUUCUCACUGUUCAUCCAGAUAUACAAACAAAGGUGAAAAUAAUUAUUUCAUCGGCUACACUCGGUCCGGAUGUUUCAACUUUAUUUCAUCGGUUUCGAUUUCAUCAAGAAACACUCGUCACUCGUGAACUGCAUACUAUUAAAAUUAAAAGUUCUGAUGAGAAUAUGUUCGAUCUAAUACAUCGACUUACGGAAGACUGUAGUCGUAGCGAUCAGAUUCUAUGUUUUGUUAAAUCAACACUUGAUGUCAAUCAAUCAAUAAAACUUCUUAGAUCUAUCAAAAAGCGGAGUUCAAGUCCCUUGGUACAAUCACAAUCAGCUGCAGAACAAGAGCGGCUCAUUCAAACUAAACAAAUCUUUUUUUCGACAACCGUGGCUGAAACUUCACUUACAUUUCCUAGUUUGAAGUAUGUAGUUGACACUGGUGUAAUCAAUAUGCCUGUAUAUGAUGCCACGGAAGAUUCAACUGUACUUCGUGAGAUUCCAGCUGCUGAGUCAACAAUAAAACAACGGCAAGGUCGUUUAGGUCGUACUCAAGGUGGUGAAUAUUUUUCUUUGUAUAAACAUGAUCCAGCGGAUAAGAAAUAUCCUACACCACAAAUCUGCCAAUCCGAAUUAAGUAAUAUUGAAUUUUCACUUCGACGUUCACCAUUAAAGCAAGGGCUUAAUUAUUUGAAACAAUGGCUUCCAAAUCCACCUAAUGAUCAAGUUAUAGAACUUGCUAUUAAACGUCUUCAGAACCUUGAUAUUCUUGAUAAAACUGGAAUGUUCACAGCAAUUGGAUUGAAUAUGGCACAAUUACCAGAUUUCGGUUCUCUUGCAAUAUCAAAAGCGGUAUUAGCUGGCUUACAAACAUUUAAUUGCGGACGUGAUCUAAUUCGACUAGCUUCUAUUUUGGGUGUUCUUAACACAUCAUCAAUUCUACAGUCUAUUCCAUCACAAUUUAAACGAGCUGAAGGUGAUUUUAUGACACUACUAACCAUUAUGGACGCUAUAUUAGCUCAAAAACGAAUUGUACCACCGCAUAUUUUCGAUAUCAAUAUUGUAUGCAAAGAUUUGAAUCUAACUUCAAUUAGUCAUAUUUUAAAACGGGCUCUCUUACGAAACACAUCGUUUGAAUCAUUUUUCAAUCAUUCAUUAGAAUAUCGUGUUGCAUCUCAAAUAUCAUCAAAUGAUUGGUGUUCUAUUGCAAAAUCACUUUUGGUUGGUUUCUUCGAUAAUGUUUAUUUAUCCCAAGCAGAAUUACAAGGAAAGUCACAUUCUUUUUAUCGUUAUAAUAUUUAUCCAGUACGAAAAAAUCAACAAGAGAUUGCUGUAAUUGAUAGAUCUUCAACUUUAGCUCGUUCAGUCAAAUCAAUUCCUGUAUCAUUAAUACUUGUACGUGACAUUCAUUGUUCUACAGCUGUACGAGCCACAUCUAUUCUCUCAUUUAUUGGAGAAAUCCAAGCCGAAUGGAUUAAUAAUUCACUUCAACGAGAAUUUAACAUAACCAGUUCCGAAAAACAAAAGUUUGAACAUGAAAUUAAAUCGAAUUCCACAUUUCAAUCAUUAUCAAAAAAUAUUCAUAUUCAAUUGAAUGAUAAAAAAAUAUUACUGAGUGGUAUUGCCGGCGAAGUUCUCAUUACUGAACUAUACAUACGUAAACAUUUAAUAUCUAAAAAUAAGACAUCACUGUUAUUGGAUAGUGAAACACGCGAAGGUCUCAAACGUAACGUUGCCAAUCUCGUUAACACUUUGCAUAUUUUUCAUCCAAUGAUAUGGCGAUGGAACGCAGAAAAACAAGUAAUUAUAACCUUUCGUAAAGUAGGAAAUGGAUGUGAAGUUAUAAUAGAAGCACGUGAGCAAGAAUUUACAAGCGUUCGAAAAGAACUUGAUUGUUUUAUUGGUUGGCUGAAAGAUUGUGUAGUUUUACAUCUAUAUUCGGGAAUUUCACCACGUCAACUUAAAUCACGUUCACCUACGAUUGAAGAACGUAUUGCUCGUCUUACUGAUAUAAAAUUAACAUCUGCAGAUCUAUGGUCAAGUAUUCGUGGACCACAAGCAACACGUGAAUCACGUAUGGAAGUUGUUGCAUGGAUAGCUAUAUGCAGAUUUUAUUGUAAACUCGAGGGUGGUUUUGUUCGUGAUUGGGUUAUCGAUAAUAAACGAGCACGACCUGCUAAUACUAAUCCUUCUACAUGGAUACACAUAGGAUAUAAUAAACUGCCAUAUUUAGAUCCAUUUGUUAUACCUUCUGAUCUUGAUUGUCAUUUACCAUUAGAUAGAUAUUUUGAUAUUGAACGAUUUCUUGAUGAAAUUUAUAAGUUUGAAAUUGAAACGAAAGUAUUUCGUCAGGAUUGGCGAUAUGUUCUUCUUUUUGAUGAACAUUAUCCAACGGGUCCUUUUACAAUGGAUCUAAUUGAACCACAUGUAGCACUUACACAUAAUCGAAUUGAUUUUGAUGUAAAUAACUUAUAUGUCGAACGAGAUCAUACUAAAGAUCUUGGUCAACGUGUUGAUCUACAUGAACCACCCUGUUCAAUUGAUCUUGAACAGACUGUUGAAAAUAUUCAGAAAAAAUAUUUUCGCGUUCUUCGUGAUGUUGACCAACUUAUUCAAAGUCGUAUUGACAAAAUGAUUAAACGUGGAUGGACACAACAUGGAGAAACAUUAUCAUUUAUUCCAGCACCAUCUAAGAAGGAUACAUUUGUUGAAGCUGAUUUACCUUCUGAAACAUCACGUUAUCAAAAAAUUGUUGAAGACUUUAAGAACAUUGUAAAUGCGCGAAUUAUUCAGAUUACACAACUGCGUAAUCCUGAUUUAGAAAAUGCCUAUGAAGCCAAUAAAAGACUCAUUGCUAAUGAAUGUCCUAGCAAAGAUCCUAAUGAAUGCUUUUUAUAUCAUGGCACAGGAAUAGAUAAUGCAAAAAGUAUUAUGGAAAAGGGUUAUGACAAUAGAUAUUUUUCUACUUUUGGUCUUUAUGGUCGCGGAGCGUAUUUUGCUGAUAAUCCGGCUAAAUCACACGAUUACACAAAACUGAGUAAUUACAGUGGCACAUCGCGAAUUAUAUUCUACAACAAAGUUGUUUUAGGCAUUCCAGAAAUAUUGAAUACUACCGAUACUACACGAAUGGCAGCAAAAGUUGAUCAUCAUUCAGUACAAGGUACUGCUAAUCCAAUGACAGAAUAUAUCGUGUAUACUAAUGCUCAAGCCUUACCUUUUCUUAAAAUCACAUAUGAUACCGGCUCAUAA